AUGCUGUCUUCUGCGUACGCUCUGGUUCUGGCCGCCGGCCUUAAUCCUUUCCUCUCUGCUACUUGCUCGGUAGAGGUCGGGAAGUCGUACUGUGUUGAGGCUUACGGCGAACCUGCGCCGGGUAUCUCUUCGACCAAAGCGGCAACCACCACCACUCCGUCCUUAUCUACCGUUGUUUCUCCAGUGACCACUACGACACCCGGAAACGGCAUCACCACACCCACUCCCACCCAGGCCAGCAUCGUCAACAACUGUGACGCCUUCCACUUUGUCACGGCCGGUCAAACGUGCGAGACGAUUGCCUCUCUAUACCGUAUCUCCCAGGAUCAGUUCAAGGCAUGGAAUCCCAAUUUCUACUUCGUCGCAGUUGGUGACACCUGUGAGAUCAUUGCGGCAAAACAUGGUAUCACCCAGGCUCAGUUCCUCAGCUGGAAUCCGAGCGUGGGCUCAACCUGCACUGGACUCUGGGCCAAUGCCUACGCCUGCGUCUCUAUCAUCGGCCACACCCCGACUAAGCCGAGCACCACCACCAGCGUCGGCAACGGUAUUGCCACCCCGACGCCUAUUCAGCCGAAUAUGGUGAACAACUGUGACUCCUUCUACAAGAUCAAGUCUGGAGACACGUGCGCCACCAUCGCCGCCUCCAAAGGCGUCACCGUGGCGCAACUGACCACUUGGAACCCCUACGUCAAGUCCGACUGGAGUCUCCUGUGGCUCGACUACUACGUUUGCAUUUCCAUUGUCGGAGACACGCCCACGCCCGUCAACCCAGGCAAUGGCAUCCAGACACCCACCCCUUACCAGAGCGGUAUGACCACCGCGUGCAAGACUUUCCACUUCGUCCAGUCUGGUCAGACCUGCCAGACCAUCACUCAACGCUACGGCAUUACCCAGGCCAACUUUGUCAAAUGGAACCCGGCAGUUAAAAACGACUGCACUGGUAUGUGA